AAAAUGGAAAUCCUGAAUCUCCUACUCCGUACGGUGUGCUGGGCGGCAGCUGAGGCUGAGCUGAAUCCGGAGUCGCCAGAAUUUACUCCUCCAUUUACUCCCUCCACCUCUCCCAAAUUUAUGGCCUCCUUCCUCAGCUAGCCUCCUCGCCCCCUUUCCCCCGGCCUCCCCUUCGUCACUUUCCACUAUCCAAAGCUUCUUCGCUCCUGCUUCCCUUUUCACACCAAGCAGGACCUGCCGGUGCCAAACGCACGCCGCAUCACACAGAAGCCAACAAGGUUGAGAAGAGACUGAGGAGGUCAGCCAGCCACUUGCCCACCUCCGAGCUGUCCCCCAUGACACCACCGCCACCAGCAACCCAAGUACCAAACGACUGGGCCGCAGUCCCGCAAUAGCGUCAAGAUCUCCCCUUUGACCUCCCCCUUCGCCUUCCGGCCAUGGUCUGCUGCCAUGGCGGCCGGCGCCGCAGCGCCGCGCUCCUAUUCUUGGCCGUGGCCGUGGUCGCCUGCGCUGCUGCUGCGGCGGCGCAGGAGCCCAACACCGACGCCUACUUCGUCUCUGGGUUUUUCUCCAAGCUGGGCCGCGCCGCGCCGUCCUCGUCCGGCGCCAACGGGGUGUGCUCCUGGUCCGGCGUGUCUUGCGACGGCGCGGGGCGGGUCGUGGCGUUCGUGGCCGCCGGGAUGGACCUGGCCGGCGCCAUCCCGGAGGACACCAUCGGCAAGCUCGCGCGUCUGCAGGUCCUCGACCUCAGCGGCAACCGCCUGACCGCGCUGCCCAACGACCUGUGGGAGCUCGGCGCGUCGUUAGGCGCGCUCAACCUCUCCGGCAACGCCAUCCGCGGUGCGCUCCCCAACAACAUCGGCGACUUCGCGCGCCUCAAGGUGCUCGACAUCUCCCACAACGCCUUCACCGGCGCGCUGCCGCAAGCGCUCGGCUCCAUCGUCGGCCUGCAGGUGCUCAACGCCAGCCACAACCAGUUCCAGGGACAGGUCCCCAACGCCAUCGUCUUCGGCUGUGUGAGCGUCGUGGCUAUGGAUCUCUCCGGCAAUGCACUCGACGGGGGCUUGCCGGACCUGUCGCCACUCCGCUCUCUAGCCCGUCUCAAUCUGUCGGGCAACAGGCUCCGCGGCUCCAUCAUCGGGGCGUUCCAGGAGCAGUUGAGGGUGAUAGACCUCAGCAACAACGGCUUCUCUGGGCUGAAUUUCAGCAGUGGGUAUGCCGGCUCGGCGUUGGUGUACCUCGACUUGUCAGGAAACGAGCUUACAGGAGAAUUCACCAUUGCCGGCCGGUUCCAGAACCUGAGGCAUGUGAAUCUUGCACACAACCAGUUGUCCAAUGCUAAUUUGCUGGUGUCCAUGGGUGGGAUAUCUGGGCUAGAGUAUGUUAACCUUUCAAGCACUGGGCUGCAUGGGCAAAUUCCUGCUGAUUUCUCUUCCCGAUUGGUUGGAUUGAAGGUUCUCGAUUUGUCACGGAACAAUAUCAGUGGGGUAGUCCCAGACAUGAGUUCUCUUGGCCUACACUUGCUGGACCUGUCGGUGAACAAUCUCACAGGUGAGAUACCUGUGGCAUUGGUGAAGAAGCUGACAUCCAUGGAUCGGUUCAACUUCUCAUACAACAACCUGACUGUUUGCGCAUCUGAGCUCUCUGCGGAGGCGUUUGCCACUGCAUUUGCUCAGUCCAGGAAUGACUGCCCAAUUGCUGUGAAUCCAGACAGUAUCGUGAAAAGUAGAGGGAAACAUAAGGGAAUGAAGUUGGUUCUGGCUGUUGUGCUCUCCUUGUUCUUCUCUGUUCUUGGGUUGCUUUGCUUGGCAGCGGCAUGUCGAAGGGGGAGGAAGAGGUGUGAUGAGCUGCCUGUGGUUAAGCAGGUGUCGUCGUUCGAUGAGCCUGCUGUAUCAGGGCCAUUUUCUUUCCAGACCGAUUCAACUACAUGGGUUGCUGAUGUGAAGGUUGCAACUUCGGUGCCGGUUGUCAUCUUUGAGAAGCCCUUGCUGAGCCUCACAUUUGCUGACCUCUUGGCGGCGACAUCAAACUUCGACAGGGGCACCUUGUUGGCAGAAGGCAGGUUUGGGCCAGUGUACAGGGGAUUCCUUCCUGGUGGAAUUCAAGUUGCUGUGAAGGUGUUGGUCCAUGGAUCAGCAAUCGGAGACCAAGAUGCUGCAAGGGAGCUCGAGCGGCUGGGACGGAUCAAACAUCCAAACUUAGUUCCCUUGACUGGUUACUGUGUGGCAGGGGUUCAGAGGAUUGCCAUCUACGAGUACAUGGAAAGCGGCAAUCUGCACAACCUACUGCACGACUUGCCGCUUGGAGUUCAGGCAACCGAAGACUGGAGUGGCGACACAUGGGAGGACAACACCGGUGGUGUUGCAACAACUGAAAUCGUCACGCCGGAAGGUACUGCGACAUGGAUGUUCCGGCACAAAAUCGCCCUAGGUGCCGCAAGGGCGCUGGCAUUCCUCCACCAUGGCUGUAUCCCGCAGAUUGUCCACCGGGACGUGAAGGCAAGCAGCAUCUACUUCGACUGCGCAAUGGAGCCUAGGCUGUCCGAUUUCGGGCUGUCUAUGGUGGCAGGAACCAGGGCCGAUCUGCUACACCAUUCCCCGGGCUACGCGCCGCCGGAGUUCUCCGGCUCGGAGAACGCCGCGGCGACCGCCAAGUCCGACGUCUACAGCUUCGGCGUCGUGCUGUUCGAGCUGGUCACGGGCAAGAAACCGCUGGGCGACGAGUACCCUGGGGUGCAGAAGGAGGCGAGCCUGGUGAGCUGGGCCAGGGCGAUGGUGAAGGCGAGCCUCGCGCCGAGCAUCAUCGACCCCAAGAUCCGCGACACGGGACCGGAGCGGCAGAUGGAGGAGGCGCUCAGGAUCGCCUACCUGUGCACCGCGGAGCUGCCGUCCAAGAGGCCCGCCAUGCAGCAGAUCGUCGGCCUUCUCAAGGACAUCGAGCCGAAGGUGGAAGAGGAGGGGGACUGAAGAUCUGGAGGAGUGUGAUCGGUUGCACCUUGCAGCGUGUCGGAUGGUGGUGAGAUUUGUGUAGUGACAGCGUCGGCAGGCAGGCAGGCUGUGACUGUGAGUGAGCUCGUGGUUGUUUUACCAUCGUCGAGCUCACUAUGCCAUGCCUUGCUCUGCAUAUAUCUUUUUCAUCCUUCUUUCUUCCCUUUUUCCCGCUUCUAUCUCGCUGAUUCCUCCAGUUGCUGAAGAUUAUUGCAAUACUGCUCUGUUACAUUACACCUGCCCCUUACUAACCAUGCCACUGCUCGAGAGA